CAACAAUAUGACCGCUCGUCUUCAUUUCGCCGGUCGUCGAAAGGGGGUCCUUACGUAAAGGCACAAUGCCUGACCUUUGGCAGGAUGCCAUGGACCAUGCCGUGACUUUGGCCAGGAAAGCCGGAGAGAUCGUGAGGGAUGCUUUGCAGAAUGACCUGAAGAUCAUGUGCAAAAGCUCUUCUGUCGACCUGGUCACUAAAACAGACCAGAAUGUGGAGCAACUUAUUAUUACAUCAGUGAAGGAGAAGUUUCCUGGACACAGUUUCAUUGGUGAAGAGUCAGUGGCUGCAGGAGAACCUUGUGUUUUGACUGAAAACCCAACAUGGAUUGUUGACCCUGUGGAUGGGACCACUAACUUUGUGCAUGGAUAUCCAUUUGUUGCUAUAUCCAUUGGCUUUGCUGUCAACAAAAUGUUAGAGUUUGGUGUGGUUUAUAGCUGCAUAGAAGACAAGAUGUACACGGCUCGAAAAGGGAAGGGUGCAUUUUGCAACGGACAGCCGCUGCAAGUGUCGGACCAAAAAGAGAUUAACCAGUCAAUCAUCGCUACAGAGUUUGGCUCUAAUAGAGAUCCUGAUGCUGUUGACAAGAUUUUCUCUAGCAUGAGGAAAAUCUUAUGCCUGCCAGUUCACGGNAUACGUGGUGUUGGAUCUGCUGCCAUUAACAUGUGCUUGGUAGCAUCUGGUUGUGUCGAGGCCUAUUAUGAGAUUGGGAUCCACUGUUGGGAUGUGGCAGCUGCAGCAGUCAUAGUCUCAGAAGCAGGAGGAGUUCUCAUGGAUGUCGAAGGUGGACCGAUGGAUCUGAUGUCUAGAAGAGUUUUGGCAGCUAAUAACAACAUAAUUGCAGAAAGAAUCAUUAAAGAGAUUGAGGCAUUUUCAGCUGUUAGAGAUGAUGAACCCGUAGACCCUAUCAAAUAAACCUUGUUUUAAAGAAAAGCCCCUGUGCUAUAGAAGUCUGGUACAUUACAUUUGAAAUAAUGUAUCAAUAUUUAAUUUCUCUGCCAUCUUUUAUAUUGUGUAAAUGAUUUUUGUCUCCCGAUAUUGAACAAUGUAUUAUAAUAAUGUUUAAAGCUAUGUGCAAACGGUAAAAACAAACAUUUUCCCGCGUUGAGCUACUGAAAGUCAAUGUUCAUUCAUUCAACUGUAAGGUUUUUUUAUUAGUAACAUACAAAAGUUCAAUAAACAAUAAGUUAAUAAUGAGUAACUUACCUCUGAGACACAAUAUUUGUCCAUUUUUACUCCCUCGAAGGAAAUAAUUUCAAACAAUGCCAACUUUUCUAUAGAAACUAACCGAAGCUUGCUCGUAAACUCUCUAGAUAACGUCAUACGCAAAUUAGCAUAAUUGCGGCGUCAUUACGUUACGUUACAGCCUAGUAUCAGUUCUUUACAUUUGUCCAGUAGCCUCUCACUGCAGAACACAAGAUCCAGGGGGCGUGGUUAGAGCCAC